ACAAUUAUUCUUCUGAGUCACUCUCUGCUAUCAAUGCUGAUUUAGCCUCAUAGGUAGUGCUCAUCCUUCCCUUUAAUAACUCUCUUCCAUUGAAAACAACACACAAACAAAACACAAACACAAACUCACAAGAAAUUUUCAUAUUUCACAAUUGAACCAAUCCUCAAAACAGAGCUUCUUCUCUUGAAACCCAACCUAAAAUUUUCAAACACACAACAAAAAUCCAAAACCAACCACCCAUAAACUCAAUAUUUAAAGACAUUCAUUUUGUCCUUGUCCUGGUCCAUUUCAUUCUUAAACUCCACUUGUUUAAUAUAAUAUAUCAGUCUUAGCCUCUGUCGUUUCGAUUCGUAUUUUUAAGAUGGACUCCUACCUAAGAGAAUUAGAAGGAAAACAAGCAAAUGAUCCUUUAUUCAUAGAGAAUAUGAACAAAAACAAUUCAACUUCUUCAAAUGAAAGAUGUUUAUGGAUUCCAGGUCCAUUGAUAGUAGGAGCUGGACCUUCCGGACUCGCAGUAGCAGCAUACCUAAAACAAAAAGGUGUUCCAAGUUUAAUACUAGAAAGAUCGAACUGCAUAGCUUCACUAUGGAAACUAAAAACCUACGACCGACUUCGUCUUCAUUUACCGAAACAAGUUUGCGAGCUUCCAUUAAUGAAAUUCCCUUCUGGUUUCCCAACAUAUCCAACAAAACAACAGUUUAUAGAGUAUUUGGAAAGUUACUCGGAGAAAUUCGAUAUUAGGCCUUGGUUCAAUGAGACAGUGAAACAUGCUGAGUUUGAUGCUACACUUGGGUUUUGGAGGGUGAGGAGUGAGGGAAAAGGAGGGAUGAUUACCGAGUUUGUUUGUCGGUGGUUGAUUGUCGCGACGGGGGAGAAUGCGGAGGCGGUGGUGCCGGAGAUGGAAGGAGUUGGUGAGUUUGGUGGUAGUAUUAAGCAUACUAGUUUGUAUAAAAGUGGUGAAGAAUUUAGAGGGAAGAAAGUUUUGGUUGUUGGAUGUGGGAAUUCUGGUAUGGAAAUUUGUUUGGAUCUUUGUAAUCAUGAUGCUGCUCCUUCUAUUGUCGUUAGAGAUUCGGUACACAUCCUACCAAGAGAUAUGCUGGGAAAAUCAACUUUUGGGCUGUCCAUGUGGUUGCUCAAGUGGCUGCCUAUGCAGCUUGUGGAUUGCAUCCUUCUCAUCAUGUCUUGGCUAUUGCUCGGCGACACGGCGCGAUUCGGUUUGGUUCGGCCCCGCGAGGGACCCCUUGAACUCAAAAAAUUGUCUGGAAAGACACCAGUCCUAGAUGUGGGUGCCCUUGCCAAGAUCAAAAGAGGAGACAUUAAGGUAUGUUCAGGAAUCAAGAGGUUAAAACGCUACACAGUGGAAUUUGUUGAUGGAAAGAUAGAAAAUUUUGAUGCCAUUGUAUUAGCAACUGGUUACAAAAGUAAUGUACCUUAUUGGCUAAAGGAUAAGGAUAUGUUCUCUAAGAAAGAUGGAUACCCUAUGAAGCCAUUUCCUAAUGGAUGGAAAGGUGAAAAUGGCCUCUAUGCUGUUGGUUUCACCAAACGUGGACUUCUUGGUGCAUCCAUGGAUGCAAAAAAUAUAGCUCAAGAUAUUGAAUGGUGUUGGAAAUCUGAGGCAAAGCAUACUUUGGCUUUUGCUCUAUUGCCACAAUCCAAGUCAUGAUCAUAAGUUGGUUUGUUAAUUAUGCCAAAUUAGAUGAUAUAGAAUAAAUGGUGAUGGAAGAAGAAAAGUCGUUUAUGAGUUCAGAUUAAGGCUGACGCGUGAAGUGUUUGGAGAAUCUGUUUGAAUUCUAGCUAAAAUAUUUUUUGUUCAAACUUAUUUAUUUCUCGGCCAAACUCUGAAUCAUCAUGACUCUUUUUCUGGAAAGAAGGAAAGAUAAGAUAAAACUAAAAUGGUGAUGGGGGAUUUUGUUGUGCCAUUGCAUAUGUGCAUGAUGCUAACAAGGGUGGUGCUCCUCCUAGCUAUACAUUGGUGUCCUAUGCAUGGAUUUGAGAAUAUGUGACAUUGAAAUUGAAGAAGAGUAGGAUUAUGGUUUUCAUUUUAUUGAUUUUCUUGUGGAUUGUAAGGAGAGAGGACAUUUGCAUUUUGUAUAUUGCAACUUUUUGCUAUGUAGGUUUAGAGAAAAGGAAAUAAAGUGGCCAAAAUGAGUGUAAGAGGUUGAGGAGAUAAUCAUCAAGAGUGAAUGUGUGUUAUGUAAUGUGGUUAUACAUAUAUUUUCAUAGAUUUUUAAUCUAAAGGAAUAGAGUUUUUGUGUUC